CAAGCAACUCUGUGAAAACAUGAGAGACUGUGGUUUAGGAAGAAAAAAAAAAAGCAGAAUUGGAGUACAACCCACGACUGACACAUACUUAACACAGAAGUGGUUUUCAUCUCUGUGUACAUUUCUACAUUUCUCCCUUUCUAAACUGCCAAAAAAAAAUGUUUCGCUCGUUUGUUUUUAGCUGUUUGUGCUUUUGGCAUCUGGUUGGUGUGUUUGCUGAUUCAGAUGCAGUCAAGUCGAUAUCAAAGACGGAGGGAGAUUCAGUCACUCUACAAUCUGGUCCUACUGAAAUACAGAGCGAUGAUCUGAUAACAUGGACGUUUGGAGAUCCUGGGGUUCGUAUAGCUCACAUUAAUAAAGAAGCUGGACACUUCAACACAUGUGAUGCUGUUCUUGAUGGGAAAUUCAGAGACAGACUGGAGCUGAAUCAUCAGACUGGAUCUCUGACCAUCAAGAACAACAGAACCACAGACUCUGGACUUUAUCAAGUAACCAACAGCGGCAGCAAAAAGACCACACACAGAUUCAAUGUUACUGUCUAUGCUCGUCUGCCUGUUCCUGACAUCACUGGUAUUUCUUCAAACUGUCCUUCAUCAUCAUCUUCAUCACAGCAGAAUUGUUCAUUGUUGUGUUCAGUGGUGAAUGUGGGUCAUGUGACUCUCUCCUGGUUCAAAGGAAACAGUUUAUUGUCCAGCAUCAGUGUGUCUGAUCUCAGCAUCAGUCUCUCUCUACCUCUGGAGGUGGAAUAUCAGGAUAACAACACCUACAGCUGUGUGCUCAACAAUCCCAUCAGCAACCAGACCACACAUCUGGACAUCAGUCAACUCUGUCACACAUGUUCAGAAGUCCACAUCUAUUGCUGUGGUUUUACUGAAGCUGUGAUCCGAUUGGUCGUCUCUGCUCUGGUGGGCGUGGCUACUGUGGCUGUUCUGGUUUAUGACAUCAGAUCCACAAGAGGAGGAGACAAGCAGAUAUCAUACAUAUUAUCAUGACAUAUCUUCAAGUUCUGUAAAGAUUAAAAUAUAUACAAGGAUUUAAUUUCAAAUACAGUUAUCAAUAAAAUCAACAAGAGGACAGGUAUCAUUUGUUUUAUACUGUACUUUGAUUAAUCAUAUUAUUCUCAUCAUAGAAUCUUGUUUAUGCUUUUUAUAGUUGUAUUCAGGGGCCUUGCUAGUGGGGGGAAAGGGUGACGGGAUCUCAGUCUCAUGCACAGCGCCGCGCUUCUGCCACGAUUUAUAAGAGAUAAACAGCGCAAGUCACUUGAUCCAUUCAGAUGUGACACAGGAUUGUUAUACAGUCGUGUGAUAUGAGAAAGGUUAGUGAUUCUGGCUGAAAACAGCCACGGCAAUGAGGUAUAUUGGAAAACGCUAAUAGGCUCGUCAAUUCAGCACCAUAGUAAUUUAACUUGAAGUUAUUAACACUGUAUAAAUAGCCUAUGUGUUGGCAGAAAUGUAUUUAUUAUGUUACUGUUAUUACAUAUUGGGGAAUAUGCUAUUUUAAUUUCAUAGAAGCUGUUUUGUAGUUUCUUCAUGUUUAGUGGGUUUUUUUUCUUUCUUCUUUUUUUCUACAAAUGUUGUAGUUUAUUAGCCUAUUAGGUUACUUAUUUUAAAAUCCAUAUAACCAUGGAAAUGAGGACCAUGGUUUUACUUCUUGUGACCACCAUACUAAUACUAGUUAGUUAAAGUCUGGAUACUUCUUUCUUUUUAGAUGUUUAGUUCUAAUGAAUUUUAAUUGAAGUAAAAUAUUCAAUAAGGGCCUGAUUAAAGAUAAAUAUCUUAUAAAUAAUAUCUUAUAAAUAUCUUUAAAAAAUUAUUAUAUAAAAUAGGUGCUUCUUAUUUACAAAUAAUAAAGUUCUUAAAGGGAUAUUCACCCAAAAAUGAAAAUUAUCAUCAUUUACUCAACAACAUGUCAUUCCAAACCUGUAUGAAAUCUUUCUUCUGUGGAACAGAAUUUGAGAAAUUCAAGAAAUUUUUGUCCAUACAGUAGAAACCAAUAACUAAAAUGGUUUGGUAACAUUCUACAACAUUUUCUUUUGUGUUCAACAGAAGAAAGUCAUUUGGAAGGACAUGGGUGAGGAAAUGAUGACACACUCAAAAAAAUGAUUCGGUCUAAAUUGACAUUUUAUGUAAUUC